UUACGAAUAAAGCAAGCAGGAAGAGGAUCGUACCGGGGAAGCUAGACGAAGUGUUUUUUUAUGUUUAAAGCAAAAUUUUUUAUUUUUGUGUUGUAUGAAAUAGAGAAUUCUUCUGUCGCAUUUCUUGGAAAGUGGAACACAGAAUGGGAGCUACUGCUUUAAGGCAGUUGUUGAAAAGUCUUUGCAGCAAUUCUACCUGGAAUUAUGCAGUUUUAUGGAAGCUUAGGCAUGGCAGUCCUAUGAUUUUGACUUGGGAAGAUGGAUACUUUAAUUAUUCCAAAUCAAGAGAACUCGUUGGAACUAUAUCAGAUGAUGUCUACGGCAAAGGUGCAAGUGAUUUGGUCUCUCCACAAGUCGAAACAAACACAUCCAGGGGUAUCUCAGAGGAGUAUCCAGUUGGACUUGUGGUAGCUGACAUGUCUCAUCUUCAGUACAUCUUUGGAGAGGGGGUUGUAGGCAAAGUGGCAGCUUUACGAGACCAUUGCUGGGUUUCCUUCCAUCAUAUUUUCACUGGUAAAAGCGAGUUAAUUCCCGAGCAGUGUCCAGAAGAAUGGCUACUUCAAUUUGCAUCCGGUAUCAAGACUAUUUUGCUGGUGCCUGUACUUCCAUAUGGAGUUUUGCAACUUGGGUCAUUGGAAGAGGUUGCUGAAGAUGUCAGUAUAGUGGCAUAUAUCAAAUAUAGAUUCAAUUGCCUUCAGAGUGUUGGGGAAAACACCGGACCUUGUUCCUUGAAGAAGGAAUCUCAAGCUCAGCUGUCAUCUUCACUAAUAUCCAGUUCCAACAAGUGCUUAAAUGUACCAUUAACUAAUAUUCUUACCUCCGUGAAGACUGAAGAUGUAUUUCAGUCAAUAGCUUCAAACAUUGUUGAGCUAGGUAAUGACAAUCUGGCCACUGCAAGUUAUGUUCAGCGACUGGUAACUUUUCAAGACGUAUUCACACCAACUGGAGAAGGUUUGCCAGAAGCUAUCAUAUUCAAUAGAGAUAAUAAAAUUAAUGUCCCUCUUGUUGAAGUGUCAAAUCCAAGUGUAUCAAUUAAUGACAGUCAACUGGAGAUGAUGGAGAGCAAGCUGUUUGAUCUUUCCUGUCUGAUGGAAGAAAUACAGGCACACUCGGAAGAACUGCAGAGAUAUUCUGACUAUAAUGGCUACAACAUGGGGCUUCUUGAAGAAUCCUUUAAUGAAAUAAUGAAUAUUCAUCCUGCAGGCAGUAUGACAGGGGAGCCAUGUGGAGACAAGUAUGCUAUCGACUUGGAUAAUAAAAUUGUAAGUAGUUUCCUUAGAUUUCCCAAGGACAGUGAGUUGCAUAAAGCUCUUGAACCUGCUUCUAGUAAACAGACAAGUGAACAGUUUUGGGACUCAUCUUUCAUGGUUGAGAAUACUUGCGGCACCUCAAGUUUGCCCCCGAGUAAAGAUCCUAAUACUAGCGACAGAACUGAACCAUCAUGGUUUGCUAGAGGAGGUGAUGCUGGAUAUCUUUUGGAAGCUGUGGUUGCUAAUGCAUGUCAUAGUUCGGAUGAUACUAUUUGUUAUGAAUUCAAGAGUCUCGAAUCAUCUACUAGCCCACGUGGAAGUGCUUCUCCUAGCCCAAAAAAUCAAUACAAAGGAAGUGACUUGGCAAAGGAUAGUUCUAUACCAAGGAACCAUCUUACAUCUGCAUGUAUUACCGAGGACAGGAAUGCAGAUAGUACUUCAGACACUUUGAUGAGCAUGAUGAACACAAUUCUUAGCCAAGAACACAAAGGAGGAGGAACCGGUAAUACACAGCUUAGGAAGGAACGGAGGACGUUGAAUUCCAGCAAAAGAAGGGCCAGGCCUAGUGAUAACCAAAGGCAACGACCAAGGGAUAGACAACUCAUCCAAGAACGAGUAAAGGAAUUACGGGAGCUAGUUCCUAAUGGUGCAAAGUGUAGCAUUGACGGUCUCUUAGAUCGAACCAUAAAGCAUAUGAUGUACUUGAGGAGUGUAACUGACCAGGCUGAGAAAUUGAGGCAUUGUCUGCAUCAGGAGCUUGCUGGUUGCAAGAAUUGGAGGCCCUCCGAAACCGAGGAAAAUUACCAAAAUGGAACAAGUUGGGCAUUUGAGUUAGGAAACGAGUUCCAAGUAUGCCCUAUAGCUGUAGAAGAUCUUGCUUAUCCAGGACACAUGCUCAUUGAGAUGCUUUGUGAUGAGCAUGGCCUCUUCUUGGAGAUUGCCCAGGUCAUCCGUGGCUUGGGGCUGACCAUUUUGAAGGGCGUACUUAAAAGCCGAUCAAGUAACACAUGGGCUCGAUUUGUUGUAGAGGCUUCUAAGGGAUUCCAUAGACUUGAUAUUUUCUGGCCUCUGAUGCAGCUUCUCCAGCGCAAAAGAAAAUCCAUCUCAAGCAAAAUUUAAUGAUUCUAGCGGAAAUCAGAAGUUGGCAAUAUUAUCCACUUUCGUUUGAAUUAGAGACAUUAGUCACAAGAUUGAAAGACACUAUUGUAUCAUUACAAGGAUUGUUUGUGUAAGAACUCCACUCGUUUUUCUUGCAAUCAACUGUCAGAAAAAAGAGAGCAAGAGAAGACUGACACAUGCUUACAUGCAAGUAUAUACAUUGUAUAUAGGAACAUUGCAUGUGCGUCAAAGGGCGCUAUGCUAACGCGAAAAAAGGGAUUGCCAUCCUACAAAGCUUUACCUCUGUGUUGAUCACUGAUAUUUGAUAGUAAAAAAAACUCAAAGGAUUGUCUCAGCUAGUAGUAAUGUGUGCCACCAACCGCAUGCAAUAUUUUUAGGACGAUAACCUUCAAUAGGAACUUGUGAAGGAAUGUUACGGUCAAUGGAAUCACCUAGGCCAAGCUGCGCCGGAGAUAUUGAUAAAUAUUUGUUACUUUUUUAGUACAAAACUGUGAUUCUACUAUUGUGCUUUAAUAAAUAUUUGUUACUCUUAAUACAAAA